UCUCUCUCUGCAUCUUAUCCAAUCCAACUCAGCAACUACUCCAAAAUUCCAAACCUGGACAUUAGACAUUUCGGCACAGGCGCUUCUCCAAUCUGUACUUUGAUCACCUGUAUCUAUAGACAAGUUACGAGAGAAUGGGAGUUCAUGGGAUUUCGCAGCUGUGGGUUUUCUCUCAUUUUCUUCUACUUUUCUGGUUCUCUGCAGAUAUUCAGAUUAAAGAUCUCAUACUAAGAGAUUCAUUAGUUUUGCUUCAUCCAAGGGAUCCUUCUCCAAAUACAAUUUCCAUUCAGUGAUUUCUUGGUUCUUUGAGGAUGGCUGUAACAGAUGAUAUUGUCACGAACGACCAUGAAGAUCAUCUCCUCGGACAAGUAAUGGAGAUUUUGAGGUCUUUGGAUUCUAGUUUGGAUGAUAUAACUGAAUCAAAAUCCUUGCAAGUGAUCCCAUUAAAGGGUGCAAUGACCAAUAAAGUUUUUCAGAUAAACUGGCUGAAGAAAACAGGGGAGCAUAAAGUUCUUGUUCGCCUUUAUGGUGAAGGUGUGGAUGUCUUCUUUGACCGUGCUGAUGAGAUCCAAACUUUUGAGUACAUGUCAAAGCAUGGACAGGGGCCUCGCCUUCUUGCGCGGUCUCCAAUUGGUCGAAUUGAGGAGUUCAUUCAUGCACGGACGUUAUCAGCUAGUGACAUGAAGGACCAUGAAAUAUCUGCUCUUAUAGCAGCCAAGUUGAGGGAGUUCAAUGAUCUUGAUAUGCCAGGUCCAAGGAAAGUCCACCUCUGGGACAGAAUGAGGAAUUGGGUUAAAAAGGCUAAAGGUUUGUGUUCACCUGAGGAAGUCAAAGAAUUUUGUUUGGAUGCUUUAGAUGAGGAAAUCCUUGAAUUGGAAAAGAAAUUGUCUGCGGACCAUCAAUGUGUUGGAUUUUGCCACAAUGAUUUGCAGUAUGGCAACAUAAUGAUCGACGAGAAGACAAGAUCAAUCACUAUAAUUGAUUAUGAGUAUGCAGGUUACAACCCAGUUGCUUAUGACAUUGCUAAUCACUUCUGUGAGAAGGCUGCAGAUUAUCAUUCUGACAAACCUCAUAUUUUAGACUUUAGUCAAUAUCCAGAUUUGAAGAAGCGCAAAAGCUUUGUCCAUGUAUAUCUUAGUUCUUCCGGUAAUGAACCCAGAGACCAUGAGGUGGAGCAGUUACUCGAAGACAUUGAGAAGUAUACUCUUGCAAGCCAUCUGCUUUGGCGCUUAUGGGGAAUAAUUUCGGACCAUGUCAAUAAAAUCGUCGACUUUAAUUACGCGGAGCUUGCAAGACAGAAGUUCAAGCAGUACUGGUUACAGAAAUCCACAAUCUUGGAAAAUUCAGGACCCUCUUCCACUGUCUCAAUUUACUAAUAAUACUGUUUUUGAUUCCUCUUGGUUUCUACAUCUUGUAGAAAUAUUCAACAACCACAAUUUCCUGUAAAAAAAAAUGUAUUCAGAACGCUGAACACUGAAAAUGUACCUAGAAUUUUGCCUAAUGGAAAGUGUAUAGUGUAUGUUGUAAACCAAUAAAUCACAGAACAAUCAAAGUUGUCUUUCAUCUUCAUAGCUCAUUGGUUUGGAUUAAAAUCUUUCCAACUGUUGCAGGCUUUUCUCUCUCUCUCUUCUCUUUCUAUGAGUUGAGUUAAGCCUAACGUGAGCAGCUCAUGGAUGGGUGUUGGUGGGGAAAAAAACUCUUCGUUUAAAUAAGAUAACAGAUAAAAAAUACAUCAAAGCACCAGUGGUCUAGUGGUAGAAUAGUACCCUGCCACGGUACAGACCCGGGUUCGAUUCCCGGCUGGUGCAUAUUUUUUAAUUUUUCAGCCUAUAUUUCUGUUAAUGCUACUUGACAAGAAGUAAAGUAGUGGAAAGGAACAAUUUAAGCAAACAGGUUUGA